AUGAGUACAUGCCAAAUUUGGGAUUUCGAUGACUUGACUUCUUGCAGCAGAAUUAAAUAUCUUAAUGAAGAUAUUCCACUGUACUUACUACUAGGAUUGCUAGCAUAUGUUUGUUAUAACAUUUAUUCCACCAGGAAUGGGGCCAGUUCAAUAAAACUCCCCAUGAUACCUGAAGAUAAAGAAUUUACCUUAAAUGAGAACGGGAGACACCACACUGCUGGAUUGGAAAUUCAUCAUCCUGUUCAGUAUUUUGAGGAUUUUGCCGAUAAUAUUAGCGAUAAGGAGGAAUACACAAUUACAAGUACUAAUGGUUUACAAGUUAGCAAUAAGGACGGACAUCAUAAAAUACAACCUAGCAUUCAUAUGCAUAAUCAAAUAAAAGCUGAUCAUUAUGAUUUAGAUACAAGACUACCUAGUUGGACAGGUAUUAGAAGUUUUGAACCGUUAAUAAUAGUACGUCAGCGUAAGCGUCUCGAUGUUAUUAAUAUAAUAAUAGAAUUCAGUUUUGUUUUCAGUCAAGUAGUUUAUCAUUGCUAUUGGCUUGAUAACAUUUCAUCUUUCAAAGAUGAUAGCAAAACGGAGUUGACAUUUUUCAGCAUGUUUAUAAAGUUACUCCUUUGGAUUUUCCUUGCAAUAACGGUAUUUUUCCGUCUGAUUAAUACCAACCAAGCAUUUUCUUUUAUAUCAUCAAGGCUAGGGAAUCUUUGGAAUGUUUCAUUUACUUCUUAUUUCAUAGUAUUUAUGUCACACAUUUUACCAUACAGGUCGACGUUAAUUAAUAGUGAAAUAUCUAAGUUGGAUACCAAAUACUAUUCACAUCAAUUCUAUGUUAAUCUUAUUUUAUUCUUUCAAUUGUUUACAUCACCUGUGAAAAAUCAAUUUCCUAUUUUAUAUAGGAAUUUACCUGAUUCGAUAUCAAGUCCAGAACCAAUCUCUUCUUUAAUUAGUCUGAUUUCAUUUACAUGGUUAUCUCCACUUAUCCUGAUGUCUAUCAGGAGUACUCUAGAUUCAAAUGAGGUUUGGGAUUUAAUUAAAGAUGAUUAUUCAUUGAAUGUUAUUAAACAUUUUCAAAGAUUCAAAAUUAAUCAUUUCAAAGAUAAGUCUUUUAGUUUUCAAUUUUUAACAUUCUUUUGGAAAUUAAUUAGUAUACAAAUAAUAUGGGCUGUGUUCUCUUCAAUAUUUUCAUUUAUUCCAACAAUACUAUUAAAAAAAAUACUAGAGUUUGUUGAAAAUCCUGAACCUGAACGUUAUCAAAUUGCGUGGUUAUAUGUUUCUAGUAUGUUAUUAUCGAAGGUAAUAGUGGCAAUUUGCCAAGGUCAAAUUGCCUUUGUAGGUCGAAGAAUAUCUAUCAGAAUGAGAAGUAUAAUCAUAUCAGCGAUUUAUGAAAAAGGUCUGAAAAAAUCCAUAUUGGACAAUCUUAGUAACGAUGAAAGUGAAUGCUUUCGGUUUGUUGAUGAACCUAACACUGCAGAAAAAUUUAGUGACGGUGGAAUUAUUAAUUUAAUGGCCACAGACGCCAUCAAAGUGGGUGAAUUAUGUAAUUAUUUGCAUUCUUCAAUAGAAGCACUUAUAAUGGCAGUAGUUGCAGUAAUUCUAUUGUAUAGAAUAUUGGGUACAGCAGCCUUCAUUGGAACAGCCGUUAUUAUUUUUUUUAUACCUUUUAAUGUAUUCCUAACUAAGCUAAUAGCACGCUUUCAGAGAGAAACUUUAACUUUUACUGAUCAACGUAUUCAAAAUUUAAAUGAGACAUUUCAAUCAAUUCGCAUAAUUAAAUCAUUUGGUUGGGAGAAUAAUAUCAUUCAAAAAAUUUUAGGUUUGCGAAACAAAGAAAUAUCAGUAUUGAAAAGGAAUUCUAUAACUUGGUCAAUAAAUGCGUUGGUAUGGUAUUUAAGUCCUACCAUUAUCACUACAUUAUCGUUUUCAUAUUACAUAUUAGUUGAUAAACAAGAUUUGACAACACCGGUGGCCUUUACUGCUUUAGCGCUAUUUAAUUUGUUGAAGGCCCCGUUAGAUCAGUUAUCUAAUACCAUAAAUUUCCUUACUCAAUCAAAAGUUUCAUUAGACAGAAUAGAAAAGUUUUUAUCUGUGAAAGAAACUACUAAAUUCGAAAAUCUAAGUGUAGAUUCUUCCCAAAAUAGACUUGCAUUCAGUGGUGCAACAUUGGGUUGGUGUGGUAAUAAAAAAAGUUUCCAAUUGCGUAAUAUUAAUGCUGAAUUCGAAAUGGGAAAAUUAAAUUUGGUAAUAGGUCCAACAGGUUCUGGUAAGACAUCUUUAUUAAUGGCAUUAUUGGGCGAAUUACAUCUAUUUUCAGGGAAAGUGUUUGUUCCAAACCUAGAGUCGAAGUUCAAUUUAAUUCCUGAAUCAGACAAUCUUUUAAAUUCAAUUGCAUAUUGCUCUCAGUUGCCUUGGAUAUUCAAUGACACUAUUAGAAAUAAUAUUAUAUUUGAUAUGGGUUAUGACAAAGAUCGUUAUGAAAAUGUAGUUAUUGCUUGUGGUUUAGAAAGAGAUUUCCAGAUAUUAAAUUUAGGAGAUAAAACUAUUGUUGGGGACAAAGGUUCAUGUUUAUCUGGUGGCCAGAAGCAAAGAAUAUCUUUGGCAAGAGCGUUAUAUUCUAAAUCAAGGCAUUUGAUUCUUGAUGACUGUUUAAGUGCAGUAGAUUCGCAUAGUGCAAAAUGGAUAUAUAACGUAUGCAUAACAGGGCCAUUAAUGCAAGGAAGAACGUGCAUUCUUGUAUCACAUAACGUUUCCCUAACUAUAAAGAAGGCUUCGAAGGUUUUUAUGAUUGAAAAUGGAUACAUAGUAGCGAGUGGAAGACCUAUUGACUUGAUUAAACAAGGAUAUUUUCCUGAUAUUACUAAUUUUGAUACGAUAGCUACCGAUGUUGAAGAUCUAAACACAAUAUUUAGAAGUAAUAAAUUAGAGGAUAGUUCUGACCUCAAAAGUAGGAUCUCAGGAGACAAUUUUGGAGAGACUAGCUCUGAUAACUUGGAUACAAAAGUCGCCGAUGAUAUAUUUGCACGGGAAUUAUGUGAGGAUAAUUCAAAGAAGACUUCCAUUAAUAUUGAAUUCAUUGAAGAUAUUGAAGAGGGUUUAGAAAAUAAUGUUUCAGGUGCAGUUAAUUCAGAGGUUUAUAAAUGGUACUUCGACUUAUAUGGAGGUCACAAAAUGAUAAUAUUUAUAUGUGGUUUGUUAUUAUUAGCGCAUGCUAUAUAUGUAAGCCAAUCCUGGUGGCUUCGGUAUUGGUCGAACGAUAACAGUUUAGAUGUUAAUGGAGGAACAAUAGGGAAUGAAAGUUCGUUAUAUUACUUACGUAUUUACUUCCUCAUUGGUGUUACUCAUUCGAUCAUUUCAUCAACGAGAGGUAUAUUUUCGUUUUUUGCUGGUGUGAAUACAGCAAAUUUGAUAUUUAAGAAAUUACUUUACCGUGUUGUUAAUAGUAAAUUAACUUUUUUUGAUAAUACACCAAUUGGAAGAAUAAUGAACAGAUUCUCUAAAGAUAUUCAAGUGCUAGAUUCUGAAUUAGCUCCUUUUCUUGAUGGUGUUUUUUCUUGCUUUAUUCAAGCAGUGACUGCUCUGAUGCUUAUCGUAUUCAUUACUCCAAAAUUUUUAAUCAUCGCCAUUUUUAUUAUAUGCUCUUCUAUUACGAUAGGAUACCUCUAUUUAUGCUGUUCAAGAGAACUAAAACGGUUUGAGUCGAGUAGCAAAUCUCCUGUGUAUCAGCAUUUCACUGAAACUUUGAGUGGGCUUGUAACUAUCCGUGCUUUUGGGAACGAAAUAAAAUUCUUAAAAGAAAAUCUAGAUUUCAUUGAUGAGAAUAAUAAAUUCUUUUUUUAUAUGUGGUCAGUUAAUAGUUGGUUGUCUUUUAGGAUUGAUUUAUUGGGUGCAAUUACGGUAUUUGGUUCUGGUGCUUUUAUAUUGUUAAAUGCUGACAAAAUUGAUGCUGGUUUAGCCGGUAUUUCAUUAACUUAUGCAGUCACUUUUACUGAAUUUUGUCUUUGGAUGGUAAAAUUUUAUUCAACAGUUGAAAUGAGUAUGAAUUCUGUUGAACGAUUAAAAGAAUAUAUGGAAAUUGAGGAAGAAGCAUUAGCAGAUCCGGGUGCCAUUACUCCUAGCGAAAAUUGGCCAGUACAGGGUGCCAUUACUUUUGCCAACUAUUCGUUAAGGUAUGCCCCUAAAUUGCCUGAUGUUUUAAAACAGUUAAAUUUAAAAAUUGAUGGAGGAUCUAAGAUAGGGGUGGUAGGGAGAACCGGUGCAGGGAAAUCAACUAUUAUUUCAGCUUUAUUCAGAUUUUUAGAUUGUUCAUCUGGUAAGAUUUUAAUCGAUGAUCUUGAUAUAAGUGAAAUAAACUUGAGAAGACUUCGUUCAUGUUUGACAAUUAUUCCUCAAGAUCCUUCACUUUUUGUUGGCACUAUCAGAUCCAACUUAGAUCCGAAUGAAGAAUAUGAGAAUAAAGAUAUUUACGACGCAUUAGUCAAAGUUCACCUACUAACAGAAGACUAUCUUGCUAAUUUGAAUUAUGACGCCAAUGCAGACGUUGCUUAUGAUGAGAAUAUUUUUCUAAAUUUAGAUAGUCCUAUAUCUGAAGGUGGUAUAAAUUUAUCGCAAGGGCAACGACAACUGAUCUGCUUAGCAAGAUCCAUACUUCAUUGCUCAAAAAUUGUAUUAUUGGAUGAGGCAACUGCAUCCAUUGAUUACAAGUCUGAUUUCAAAGUUCAAGAGACCAUAAGAAAUGAAUUUUCUCAAAAAACAAUUCUGACUAUUGCUCAUAGAAUAAAAUCUGUUAUAGAUUAUGAUAAGAUAUUGGUUUUAGAUGCAGGCCAGGCACUCGAAUUUGACCAUCCGUAUGUAUUACUCCAGAAUAAGUCUAGUAUUUUCUAUAGUAUGUGCAUGCAAUCCGGUGAAUUAGAUAUCCUUUUAAAGUUAGCAAGAGAAGCUUAUGAAAAAUCCUAA